UUUAUUCUGAUUUGUGUUAGUGAAUUAAUGGUGUGUUAGAGAAAAUUUCGUUGAUGAUUGAUAAUUUUAAGAUACUGAGAUACGGGAUCGGCAAAUGGCGCUACGAAUAGCUAAAGUUGACACAACUACGCGUUUAGAAAUCCCGUUUGUCCUUCGAUCAUCAAUUUCAAGGCAUGCGUGAUGUUCUGUAACAAGUACAAUAAUAGUGCACCUACAAAUUCCUGAAAGCACGCGUUUGAUUAGCAACUGGCACAUCCAGCUUGGCGAUUAUAACGGUGUCAGCAUGUUGCGAUUUUUUUGGCCAGCGGUACUACUUUUCUAAACUCGUUUUAUAGAGGCGGCUAGUGGUUUUCGCGUCCCGUAGGGUCGGUGGCCCCGCCGUGUGUCUUCUGGAGUUAAAUUACAUAAUGUAGGGGUCUCGGUUGGAGCAUGCAACAAGUAGAUAUGUGUCGGCGGGCUAACUGUCAAUCUUGAGUACAGUAAGCUCACUGCCCGCGGCCCCUAUUAAUUCGAGCCGCUGAUGUCACAUCUCUGCGUUCUACUGUCUAAGCCCUAUGGCCGCGAUUUUUUUGCACAUAGUGGCUUUAAUGUGUAUUUUGAUAAACAGCGCACGUGUCUAAUUACCCAGAAGAUUUAGCUAUUACCAAGGUUUAUGGGUCACGGUCACUGACAUUAGCACCCACAAUGGACCAGCAAUUCUGUUUGCGCUGGAACAACCAUCCAACCAAUCUGACUGAUGUGCUUGCAAGCCUGCUCCAGCGUGAGGCUCUAUGCGAUGUCACUCUUGCCUGUGAUGGGGAAACGGUCAAGGCUCACCAGACAAUUCUGUCAGCAUGUUCUCCAUACUUUGAGACCAUAUUUUUGCAGAACUCUCAUCCGCAUCCCAUAAUAUUUUUAAAAGAUGUGCGAUUCUCAGAGAUGAAGUCGCUCUUGGAUUUUAUGUACAAGGGUGAAGUAAAUGUUGGCCAAAAUAUGCUACCUAUGUUCCUAAAGACUGCUGAAAGCUUACAAGUUAGAGGUUUGACAGAAAACAAUACACUAAAUCCUAAGACGGAAGAGCGGUCGACACCAUCAGUUAGUGCGGAGAACCUGUCUCGCGGCGAGUUUGCGAGCCCGCCUGCUGCGCACGCGCACGGCGGCAGCACGCCUCUGCCCGCGCCCCCCGCGCCUCCCGCACCCCAUGCACCCCAUGCACCCGCUCCCCCCGCACCUCCGGAGAAGCGGCGCAGGAAGAACUCAUCUCUGCCACGCGACGAUGACAUACCAUACCGGCACUACGAGUCGCACGCGAAAGGUGGUAAGGGAGGGUCGACGGGGUCGGGGUCGGAGCCGUCGACUCCUCCGCCGGCGCACACGCCGCAGCGCCUGACGCCGCUCGUUGCGCACGCGCACGUCAAGCAGGAACCGGACACGUACGCCGCGCCUCACCCCGCGCCGCUUCACCCUCCCCCGCACUUCGACCAGACACGUCUAACGGGAAUGGGAGUUAAUGAAAUGGCAUCUAUGUUGACUCAGCACCCACUUGGUAACGAAUGUAGCGAGAACGAGACCAUGCUGCAGCCUCACCCGGAUCAAACUGACACCAUCGAUGGCUCGAAGGGCUGGCACAUGCGGCUGACGUUCGAGCGGGUGGCGGGCGCACUCAACCUGCACCGCUGCAAGCUGUGCGGCAAAGUGGUGACGCACAUACGCAACCACUACCACGUGCACUUCCCCGGCCGCUUCGAGUGCCCGCUGUGCCGCGCCACGUACACGCGCUCCGACAACCUGCGCACGCACUGCAAGUUCAAACACCCCGCGUACAACCCCGACACGAGGAAGUUCGAGCCCACGCCGCCGGUGUCCGCGCCCGCGCACGCCACGCACGCCGCGCACGCCACACACGCGACACACGGCACGCACGCGACGCACGCGGCGCCGCUGUUCGCGAACCACCUCGAUGCGAGCUUCGAUUGAUUGUCCAUGUACUGGCUGGGCCUGGACGCCGUGUGAGCGCGCGCCCGCGCACAGCCAGCCCGCCCCGCUCCGGCGGACAGACUCGUGUGUUUGCAUUCUAAUGGACCGUCUCGCGUUGACUUUCCUAUUUAGGAUUAAGCUGAAGUGCUAUUACUUAAGCGGGCCUUAAAUUCAGUUCUUAAUGCUCAUCCACGAUGGGCCACUCGUUUUAGUAUUGUCUCGGUUGUGCAUUUGACUUGCCCCAGUGUGACCUUUUAUAAGAAUCCUAUCAAUGGAUAUUAUAAUUGUUAGACGUUUCUCAAAAACGAAACGUAAAUCCUUUUAAAUGUCGCUUAAUAAAUCGAAGCGUUUAUUAAUGUAGGUAAGCAAAUUUUUUUCUAUACCAAUCGCUAUACGGGAACGGGCAAAAGCAAUAAUAUGAUGUUACUUUUAUUACCAUAUUAUUUUUUAUAUUAUAUCAAUAGAAAUCUUAAGCUAUUUAAGGAGUAUACACUAUAUUCGAGUAGCGGUGCGACCGCGAAGUUAUUCUGGCUAUUUAACGGCUGCCCAUAAGCGGGCAUUCAUCGUCUUGUUUUAUUUAUUCGUUAGAUAGGGAAUUCUGAGUUUCCUGUAGCUAAUUGUAUUUAUGUUAUAUCCUAUGAGUGGUGCGGAAUGACAACAGGCAGGUUGAGAGGACUGGCAAGAGAUUGUGAUCUGUCGUCGGUCAACGACAUAUAAAUAUUGACUGAAUCUCAGUGUAGAUGCAUUUGUAACUCUAUGAGGCCUUUGCAAGAUGGAUAAUUAUUAAGGAUUUGUGAUGUAUUAACGGAUAGCGCCUAAGGAAACAUACGAAAAGAUUUUUUUUUAUACUAGACUAGUUGAUCUAUUUACGGAGAUUGUUUUUUUAUACUUAGAUAUAUUCUAUUGUCUGAUUUAAUAUAAUUUUAUAUUUAUGUGACGUAUGUAUAUGAUUUAUCAGUGUUGUUUGUUUUUAUUGAUCCAACCUAUAUGGUAACACUUCGCGACUUAGUUAUGUUCAGUCGGCAGUCGAUACACUGCGAGAGGCAGUCGUUAACGUUGUUGACGUUUUUUAUAAUUUUAUCGUUGGUAGAUGUUUUGACGUUUAGUUGAUUUAAAGGGUCGCCAGAGCCCACAUGUGAACGGUGCUUGAGGUCGAAGACCUCUUUUCAAUUAUUUUAAGGUAGGGUGGAACGUUCGAGGGUUGCGCAUUUAGUAACCAAUAUUGGCAUUCUACGAUUGGGACUAACCUAGCGUUUAUGUAUGUAUUUUCAAUUAAGAUUUAAGAUUGUUACAUUUUUAGCUAAACACUUAGAGUGGUACGGUAACUGAAAUGUGAUAAAAUGGAAUGGUGCUAGAACCAAGAGUGUUAACACGCUACGAUUCGACUCCUAUUUGUAAUAUUUAAUGUUUUAAACGAUUAGUUACUUUGCAUUGUUGUAAGGCGUCUAGCAUCCAGUUGCGGUCGCGUCCGUUGCGUCACAUUUACGUGACGUUCACGUCGCGCCAAUAGACAUUACAGUAUCACUCGAAAUUUUACCUUCGUUUUUUUAAACGUUCAAAUUGACUUAAUAUAUAUUAUAAUAAAGAGAUUUUUUUACAAAUCGAAUCCAACUCAGCCAAAAAGUAGAUGUCAGUUGUAUGUACCGUUUUCUUUAGUUUUUCAUAUUUCCUAAGUUGUGGCGGCGAUGCUGUUUUAUGUAGCUGUGAACAUGCAAUUUCACUUGUGCAAUUUUUUUUAAUAGUCAUAACUCAUAACUAGAUUUACAUUUGCUUAUUAAAUAUAGGGGCCCACUUGAUAUAUAAGCACUAAGCUCCUGUGUCCCGAGAGGGUAUGCAAAUAUCACCAAACGUUUCUUCCACAAAGAUUUUUUAAUAUUUAUUUUAGUGAUAAAAAAGAUGUUUAUAUAACUUACCAGUCGUACGUCGUGGGCGCUUAUUAUUUGAUAGCAUUUCAUACUCAGUGCAAUAUUACUAGUUAUUUAAUUACGUAACCAAACUAAAGGAUAUUAUAAAAGUAAUGAAUGUCUCCGAAAAUGGAGCUAAUACUUUUUUUAUUUACAUAGUGAAGUACUUCUCAUUUCUACAUCUACCAAUCAACUUUAAAUGUCAGCAAAUA